AUGAGUGAUGAGGGCAAGGAGAGAAAGGACAAGCUGUAUGGACUGCUUGUGCGGCACCGCGACAGUAUGGGGGGACGCAAGCCGAAGGCUGGUGGCAUAGAUGAAAUCCUCGAGGACAUCGCCAUACAGUGUCCCGUCGACGACAACGGACUGCUCGAGAUCGCGAAAGUUGGGCCGUCGAAAGCAUCCGUAUGGGGUGACGCAUGGCUAGACAUUGUCAACAAGUUCAAUGCCCGGCGAACGGCCGCCUUGCUAAUCAGGAAACCAGAAACAACAAGUCGGGCCUCCGCUGUGAUCGACCUGACUUCUGACGAUGGAGGAGUGUAUAUAAAAGGCGGUGGGAACGCGACUGAAAGCGCCCGUUCGAUGCCUUUACUGCGAAAACGCAAACUACCCCUGACAGACGCUGGGCCAAAUUCGAGCAAGAGGAUACAUCCAUUCUUCGCCACCAAACUCCAUUAG